AUGACAUGUUUCUCUUUAAAAUGUGAUUCUCAAAUUAAUCUGAAUGAUACUAAUUUUCUACCUCUUUUCCGUCGUAUGUCAAAUUUGGAAAAAUUAACUUUAUAUCUUCGCAUAAAAGAUCAAGAUAGAUUCGCGGAUGGCACCCUUCUUCAAAAUGAAAUUCUUGUUCAUAUGCCACAUCUUCAUUCGUUCAUUUUCUAUAUUUGUACUUAUAUCAAUACUGAUGGUUUACAAAAUCAAUUAUCUAGUGAAGAUAUUCAACGAACAUUUACCAAUAUCGGACAACAUGUAGUUAGUAUGAUCAAUCAUUCUAGUUGUGAAACAAUUACAUGUUCUGUCUUCUCAAUUCCUUUCACCUUUGAUCGUCUUCACGAUAUUGGUCAUAUGAUUCCAAAUACUAGAUUUAAUUAUGUUACAUAUUUGGUGGUACGAGAUGUGAUUCCAUUCAAUCGGAAAUUCUUCAUUCAAGUUGCUCGAGCUUUCCCAUUACUAAUGACUUGCCGUAUUUUUAAUAGGGAGUCACAAUCAUGUCAAUUUACCGAUAGUCAAUCAUACGAAAUUGCUGAAUAUCCUUAUCUUACCUAUCUUGACAUUCUAUGUGGAAAUAUUGAUUACCUUGAGCAAUUUUUAAAUGAAACAAAGACGUAUGUACCAUGUCUAACAAAACUAAGAGUCGUUUAUAAUAACUUAAGAAUUGUUACAAAUAAAAAAGUGUUUCGUAAAUAUCGUUCUAUGGGAGACAUCGAUUAUCUUCAGUUGGUAUUAAGUGACUUCACUUUGAAACAAUUAUUUUAUAUAAAUUGGUUCAACAACAAUCUUGACAUUGGUGUAGCAAAUCGUAAUAUGAAGAUCAUCGAGCUAUUACGCGAAUGUACUGGUGACAAAUUAGAAAAGUGGACGUCCAUAACAAUUGAACAAUCGUUAAUGGCGAUCAAUGGAUUAGAUUUCCUGAGUCGGACUGAAGAGAUACUAUUAGAUGCAAAGUUACGAACUUAUCUAACAUCAAAAGAUUGUUCCGAUACAAUAAUCGAACCAUAUGUCCAGAAGUGUUGUGAUACGAGUUUAACCAUUGCGUUCGGACGAAAGAUAACAAUAUUCAAAAUGGAUAGGACAUAUACUGGUACAAUAGCACAUGGCAAUUGCUCGAAAUGUAUGAAACAAUAUUCACACAAUUAUUUCAUGGACCAAGGGAAAAAGUAUGUUACAUAUAAUUCAAUAUUUAACAGCGAUCUUAUCUAUUUGGGCGGUAAUUAUGGUUAUGAUAAACAGUUUAUCGUGUGGCUAUCGAAUUCCAUUUUAUAUCUGUACAGUGGUUUUGAGAAUUUUGCUAAAUGCUAUAAUGCAACAAACAAUGUAUUUUGGAACACCAAUGGUAUCAUCUGUAUCAAUCUGUGUCCAGCUCGAAUACAAGACUUUUGGUUUUUAUAUAACUUCAUAAAUAUCUCAUUCUUUUACAACCAACCAACGAUUCUGGAAAUUCCGAGUAACUGUGAUCGACAGAAUCUAGUGGAGUUUAUGAAUGCCAACUAUGACAUACUAAACAAGCAUUAUGUGAAUUGCUGGGCUUUACACAAAGAACGUCAUACUUGCGAGAGAGCGUGUUCGAUGGCAUUUGUAACCGACGGAUUUCAAAAGUCCAGUCGUUUUAUAUGUAGCAAUAUUAAAAUGGUUGUUCGAAGCGAAGAACUAGGUAAACUCAAAAAUAUUUCAUUUGCCUAA